AUGCGGGUCCACGACAACCUGUGCUCCUCGCUGGGAUACGUCGUGUUCCUUCUGUUGCUCGUCGAGGGUGUACGAAAUACCGGAAGUGGUAAAGUGUCGAAGAGGGCGAGGCCAAUAGACCCCGAUACCGAGGACAACCGCGACAACCGUGACAACGAGGACUAUUAUUACGAGGACGUGGAUGAAAGAAACAAUCCCACGAACGAGGCACCCGUCGUUCCUCCAGGAUUCCUCAGUCCAUCGGUACGAGAGUAUCUGGAUCUUGGUAAAUCGAUACCAGGUCGAGCCGGCACCGAUUAUCCUGUGUUGGGCAAGGUGCCUUACACGAAUUUCUACUGCGACGACCAACCCUAUCCAGGCUUCUUCGCGGACGUGGAGACGAGAUGCCAGGCGUGGCAUUAUUGCGACAUAGACGGACGCCAGGCAACCUUCCUGUGCCCGAACGGCACGCAAUUCAGCCAGGCAGUGUUCGUGUGCGAUUGGUGGUUCAACGUCAGAUGCGAGUUGAGCCCUAAACUGUACGCCAUCAACAGCAGAUUGUACGGAAGGCCCACGGAGAGCCCGACCAGGCCCCACCGCCUCAUCACCAAGGAGCUGUUGGAAAACAUCUUCGUCAGGCGGAAAUGAGGGAGGGAGGGGAGUGCUUCGAGAUUUCGUCGAUUCCUCUUCGCGUCUCGCGAGCAAAGAUGGGAGUACGGAGACACCCUGGAAUGGGUGGAUUGGAUUAGUGGAAAGCGUAAGAUUAAUCACUAAUUAAUGAAAUCUCGAACCGAUUUUCAAAUAAGCUUGACUUCUCAUCAUGAGACUUUGUGUGACGAUCUAUGCGUGUGAUCCUCGCGCGAUCUUCAUCUUCAAUCUUCACUCUAACCUUUUGCAAUGAUCUUCGAACGAUAUGGUAUGUAUGGUAUGUAUUGGGAUGAUAUAGAGAUUUGCAUCUGAAAAAUAUAAAAUUCUAAGAUUUACAGAGAUUAGUUGGAGGAUAAUUAAAUGGAUUUAAGAAGCAUCUAUCGUAUUUCUAUUUCGAUUGAUCAGGCGAAGAUUAUUGUAUUUAUCUUUUUAUAUAUAGAUAUAUGUAUAUGUAUGAAUGAAUGGGUGACGAAUGUGUAGAAAUAAUAUAGAAAAUUAAUAUAGAUAGAUAAGAAGAUAAGAUAAGGAAAAAAAAAAUGUGAACGUUCGAAAGUGCUAUUACGGUACUCGACGAAGAAACGUUUGUUUAAAAAAAAAGAAAAAAAAAAUUGAAAAUAGAUUUAUCGACGUGCCACGAAUUUUUCUGUAAAGAUACCACAGGUGUCUGUCUACUUUUCAUUCUGAUCCUAUUUACAGGAUAUUAGGAUGAUAGGAUUAGCAAAUUCAUGCGUAACCUUAAGUUAGUAAGCGUGAUUUAUCACGAUAAUUCUAGAAUUAUGAAUCGUGCUAAAAAAAAAAAAAAAAAAAAGAAAACUUAUGUAUACCUUUUAUCCGUGAAAAAGUUUAGAGAAAAGUGUUGUGUGAAAUAAUAAACGAAGAAACAAUUAAUUUAAACGUCCAUUAAAAAUUGGAACAGCAUUAUGAUAAAUUUG